AUGAGCCAGCGAACCGAAUUCGACCCGCUCAGGCUGCUGGACGCGCUGCAUGCCGGAGCCGAGCGCGAUUGUGCCUUCGAAGCGACGGCCGCCGACGCCGCACGCGAGUGGCAGGCGCACGCCAGGCGCGUGCUCACCGGGCACCUGGGUUUCUUGGAACGGCCGGUGCCGCCCGUGGAGGCCGAGGUGGAGCAGACCGUCGACCGCGGCUCCUACGUCCGGGAGCGGGUCGUGCUGCGCACGUGGCCGGACGCGACCAUGCCGGUGUACGUGCUGGUGCCGAAGGGCCUCACCGGACCGGCGCCGUGCGUGCUGGCCCUGCACGGACACGGGUACGGGGUACGAGACAUCGUCGGGCUGUGGGAGGACGGCUCCGAACGGUGGGAGCCGGACGGCUACCACAAGGACUUCGGAUGCGCGCUGGCCGAGCGCGGCUUCGUGUCGCGGCGCCCGAGAUAA